CGACGUCAAGAUCCCCUGCAGCUGAAAGUGAUCCUGGCACACUCAAGCUUCAAGGACCAAGGCGGUCCUGGGCUUUCUCAAUCUUUAACUUUGCAUCUUGUGUAUAACGUGCCAACGGUUUCUGUACCGCAAUGUUCGCCAAACUUCCACAGACGUUAACGGCACCUUUUGGGUUAUUAACUGACGAGGCGAAGCUGGCGUUUCGCAGUCGCCCCCAGGGAAUAUCUAAGCUGUAUACAACGAGGCACAUAACCGAAACUGACAGCUAUUGGGACCAGUACUUCACCCUCUUUGACACGCCAUCUGAUGUCUCCUCCCUCAUAUCAACUCACGACAUUCGUAGAGCACUCCUAGACUCGCCUGAAAAUGUAGCGACCCUCAUCAGAGUUGUGACCUCUCGUCUAUUCAACCUUGUAUCCGAUCACACAUUCCCAUCCGCACCACCAGCAUCUGUGGCAUCGUAUGCCACUUCCUUCAUCAAGACCUCGAACACAGAGCGCAACGCAACCAAGGAGGUCCUUAAUAGUCUGCGAGUCCUGCAAAGGGUGCUGCCUGUUAUGUUUGAGGUGGAGGGAGAGUCCAACACAUUCGAGCUCGAGGUACUAUGGAAGAAGCUUGAAGUUGACGACGAAAAUGUGCCCACAGCUACAGAGCAGACACCACAGUUCGUCAUCGAAGAUGACGAGGACGGGAGUGAGAGUGGUCAUGGCUCUAACACCCCAUCGCAGACUGCACAACCGAAACGGACGAAAACUCUACCUUCGCUAGGAGAAAAGUUGUUUACUUGCGUCAAUGAUCUUCUAUUUUGUUGCGGUUUUAGUCUCCCGACGAAGAUACAAGUGAAUCAUUACAAGAUCAAUUAUGUUAUAUGGGAGAAGGGUGUGGGGUCGACGACUGACUCUGGACCAAAUCAUGCAUACGACUCCAAUAAAACUGAGGUUUUACGGCUUCUCCUUGUCCUUUUAUCACGUCAGAUAUACAUCCCGCCUGCCGCUCUCUUCACACACCCGUCAUUUUACACUCUGCAUGUAGUUCGAAAAACGCCACGACGCGACGUCUUGACAUUACUUUGCUCCUUGCUAAACACCGUGAUAAACUCUGCCACGACCAACAACGUGACUAUUGCCAGUGUAGCCGGCAAGGUCCCUUACAAUCACCUAGUUUUCAAGGGCGAGGAUUCCAGGACGGCACUUGUGGGCAUGUGCCUGCAAGUUUUGUGCGUUUUGUUGGAUUUCCAGAGUGGCCCGGCCAGAGACAUCAUUUCAGAGUCCGGAGACGCCACCUCAUCAUCCCCGACGGCACAAACAAAUGCCUUCCGCUAUUUUUUGGCGAAAUUGCAUCGCACGCAGGAUUUUGCUUUUAUCUUGAACGGCAUCAUUGGCAUACUAGAACAUCAGCUAGCUAUAUCGAACAAUCUACUCCCUGGAUCCAGGAAGUCGGUUCCUUAUGUGCCUGAGACUAUCAUUUUGUUCUGGAAGAUCAUUGAGCUCAACAAGAAAUUCCGCGCUUACCUGCUAGACUCCGAUAAAGCAGUUGAUGUCCUUGCGUAUCUUCUAUGCUAUUCACUCGAGAUCAAAGACAAGCCGCAGCAACAUGGCCUUUGCAGAGCGCUCUCAUACAUCAUUCAGACGCUAUCGGCUGAGUCCGCAUUCGGCAACAAACUCUCGUCACCAAUAAAUAUCCAGAUACCGACAAAAUGGGUGCCUCAUGGGACAUCUCAUGGGACCGCUGCGGAUUUCAUGAUCACUUCAAUAUACUCAAUCGUUGCAACUACUUCAGGCUCCCUCAAUUCCAUAUACCCGGCACUUAUCAUCGCGCUCGCGAAUGCGGCUCCAUUUUUCAAAAACCUGUCUGUUGUUGCAUCUAAUCGCUUGCUUCAGCUCUUCACUUCGUUUUCGAACCCUUUAUUCCUCUUAUCCGAUGAGAGCCACCCAAGACUUCUAUUUCUUAUGUGAGUAAUUAUCAUAGUCCAAGGGUAGCCUGUUAACAUUUAGAAAUCACUCGAACGCCAGCAAGCAAGCACUUACCCUUGCUGCCAAGAUGUAACCUAGUUUCAUGGAAGUUAGCGACAGACAACAUUACAUUAGUUUGAACUGAGGCUCACCCAUUCUUGCGUGGGUAAAAAACCAUUCCUGCCAACGCCAGCCGCAGCCAUGCGAUCGCCAUUAAUUGUGUCCGACGAUAGCGACCGCCGAGCCUUCAUCUUGCCUCUCGCCUUUUCUGAGACCGAUGUUAUGGUUCUGGUACUUGUUGUUGGGUUAUU